UACCCCCACCCGAAUCUUGUUCGUAUCGUGAAUUCGUAUAGCCAGUAUUCCAGAUAGCUGCCACAACACAUUCGAUCUCGUGUAGCCUCAAAAGUUUUUUUUCCGUUAAUCCUCCAUGCGCCGUUGUAAACGCUUCAAGACAAUACUUUUCCCUCUCAUAUAAAAGAGAAAUACUCGCGCAUUGCAAUUUUCAUACUUGUGUCGCUUCGAACAGCUUGCUCUCUCUCUCUCUUUCUUUCCCUCCCUCUCUUUUCGUUUGAUCCGCGACGUUUACACCUCGGCCGCGCAAGUAAACCUCAAAAUAUUCGUACGCGAACGCUCCUGUGUAAAAAUUAAAAAAUAAAAAAACGUUACUAAAACGCUCGGGAAUUUGCAAAGCAUGGACGUGGGCCUGUUGCUGCAACAAUUUCAAUAUGCCAUACCCGUUGGUAUCGUCAUAAUAUGCGCGAUAAUCGUUUACGCGUUUGGUUUCAAAAAUGCUGAGCAACCACCUUUUGCACAGCUGUCGACGUUGAACGACGCGGACCGGAAACAAAGUGGCAAGAAACGGAGCGGCAAGAUCAAAGAAAAACGAUCCACCAAUGCUCAAGUGACAAACGAAAAAUCCAGUCCUGCCAAAAAAGUAUCACCAGCCAAAGCCGAACCGGCAAAAAAAUCUGUUGCCAAAACUAGUGAAGAAACAGAUGGUAAAUUGAAAGAAAGAAAACAGGAAGAUAAUAAACCAGCUGUACCUAAGAAGGACAAAAACCAAACAACAAAAUCUGGCAAGGAGAACAAAGUAGAGCAAACCAAGAACAAGAAAAAUCUUAAGAAUCUUGUGCUAGAAAAGCCUCUUGACUUUGAUGAUGGAGACUGGGAGCCAGCGUAUUCGAGAAAGGAUAAGAAAAAUAAGAAAAAGGAAGAUGAAACUCCAUCAAAGAAAAAUAAAAAAAACAAAAAGUCUGAUCAGUUGAUAAACGAGAACGUGGUGAGAGACAAGGAUAACGAAAAGGUGGAGAUUAAGGACAAAGUUGCAAAAGAAACUGAGAACAAGGAGUUGAAAGAAAAGAACCAAAAGGAUGUUGUCCUCCAACCAAUUGUCGUAGAAGUACUCCGCGUCGAGAACAAUGUUGAUGCGAAAAAAACUGAAGCAACGAAGAUUGAGAAGGUCGAGAAAACCGAAAAGGAAGAGAAGAAGACGAAAUCUAAGAAAUCCAAGAAAGUCAGUGAGAGUGACAACGUCCCUCUCUCAUCGCCGACUCCAGUUAUAGAGAAAAAACCUGCAGAAAAAGUUGUCUCAAAGAAAUCGGAGGAAACAAAGAAAAAAUCAGAACCGGUCGAAGCAACUACGAAAUCCGUUGAAACGGAGGACAAAAAUGCACCGGUAUUCGACGAAUUGGGAGAUGUCUGGACGGAAGCGAAGCCACAGAAAAAGAGUAAAAAGAAGGCGCGAAAAGACAAUUGAGAAUGAUUGCGAAGUUAAACGGAAAAGAGUACAGAAAAUUGAAGAUUAAGAGGAUGGAAAAAUACGGGAAAAACAAACCAAUAAGGAAUUGUUCCUCGGUAUGGGAAAUCGAAGUUGGAGGGACAAAAAGGGAAACUUCGAUUUGAGCGACAAAGAGAUGUCUGUUCGUCGGUCGCUUUAGUCAAAUCUGUCUGGACGUGUGUGUUAUAUGUGUGCGUGUGUAUGUGUGGCUAAAAGCGCGUGCGUAUGUCUCAAGUUUACGAGAACGCUGGCCGAAGAGUGAUAAUUCGAUUUCCUUGUACAUAAAUAUAAAUCUAUAUAUACAUAUAUCGAUAUUAAAAAAAAAAAAGAAAAAAAACUAAGAAAAGAAAAAUGACAAUUGGGUCGAAUUUUCGACCUGUAGAGAUCUUAGGGUACACAUCACAUUUGGUCGUGGCAAAUUGGGCGACGAAGAGACGAAAGGAUGUAAGAAAAAGUUAAUGAAAACUUGAAGAGAGUUGCUCGAACAAUUUUUUGUUUUCUUUAUUUUGCUCAGUCUGCAGCUUUCGAUGCGAAAUCGCAUUAAAAAAAUCACAACAGAUUAGAGUAGAGCAUAUUUUUUUCCCAUAUAAAUAUCGUGAUCUUAUUCUUUUUUUUGCUUCCGGGCUCUUCAAACCUCGAACGCUUGAUAGAAACACAAAAUAAUAGAAAUAGCGCUGGAGAAACGAGAUAAAAGACAAAUAUGUACAGCGAUGCUGAGUAUGAAAGAAACGAAAUUAGAGAACGAGAGAAAGAGAGAGAGAUGUGCAUGAAAAAAUGUCGAAUUUGAUUUGUAAGUUUUUUUUUGUUCACGACUCGCUGGUAUUUCCCUCCCGCCCUUUUCAAUGAAUUACUAUCAACGAAUCAUUGGAAAGAGACUCAAAUCCAAUCGAGGGAUUUCUGUAUAUAAAAAGUUACAAAAAGUGUCAAAAUAAUCAACGCUCUCCGUGAUAAAAAAAACACUCGGACAGGAGGUUUACUCGUAACAAUAAAUUUUUCGGAGAACACGAGUGUUUCUAAACAAAUGUUGAGAAAUUUUGAAAAUCUCCAAACAACUUGAGAUUGAAAUAUUUUUCAUGCCCUCAUGCUUAGAGCAUUUUUCACGAUCGCUCUCAGUUUCAAUCAUCCACACACGUUCUCUCUUGAACGAGUUUGAAUUGUAUACGAUUUUGGUGGAGGAAAUCUCGGGAAAAAGACAAAUCAAUGAUAAAAGCGGAAUCGAUGUUUCGCGAUUGUAAAUUUCCUCAGCGUGUCUCACUGUACUGGAUAGUGAACUACUCACAUUUUACGCGGACGAAAACGUCCGUCGUCAAAGUAACUGGAAAAUAAAAAUGUGAUGAGUCGAAACAAAUACCUGGCCCAGCGCAACGAAUGAGGGGGGGUGUGCUUUUUCACGUUCGAAAUCUUCUUUUACACUACCGAAGAAAAUGCUCACGGACAGAGUAGGAAGGAAAAAAACAGAGAAAAUAGCAGUUUAUAGUUUGCCACAAUUUUCCAGUUAUUUCUCUACCGGUGGUCUCUCUGAUCGUGCCAAAAUGAACUUUGAUCGUUCUAUCCCAUAGUAAACGCGUUGAUAACAUUAAUUGGUGUUUUUUUCUUUUUACAAUGAAACAUCGUCACAUUCGUUACGUUUUCGUAAAAAAUGUCUUGUUCGAUUAAUUUUUGUGUAAUCCGAUUUUGUGUAAUUUCGAGUAAUAUUUGUGCGUCGUUGCAUCGUCGUUAUACGACGUAAAAAAAUUGUUUCGUGCUUAGACCCCAAUCAACGCAAUCCAAUUGUUUUUCUCCAGAGAAUAGAGAAGCAGUAAUGCCAAAAAUGAAUGUUAUUAUCAAUGCCAAACGUUUUCCUUCGAAUCGACGAAAUGUAAUUGAGAAUGAUUGUACUUUAAAGAAAAAUGACGAACCAACAACGAGUAAGGGUAUAAAGAGUUUGCAAGCAAAAGUUCCGAAAGUAUUUCGGUGAAAAAAAUACACAUAUAUUUUUUGUAAAACGCAGCCCGAUAUUCGAUAAUUGAUUCUUGAAAAGGGAGAGGGAUGUACUAUCGAUCUUCGUCACAUGUAGGUAGCUCAUCGUUAUUUUUGGAAUAAGAUUUAAAAAAUUUUUCAAACGAUAAGAAAUUUCGAAAACACGAACGAAGAAAGGAUUGAAAUUCGAUCACCGCUGUGUGAGAGAGAUCGAUUUUUUUUCUAAAAUAACGAAAGAUGCCUCAUUCAGAAUUUUCGUAACUCGCGAAAAUUUUGGUCACGAAUCCUUAGAGAUUGUAAAUUACCAAAAAAAAAACGACGAAAACAAACAGAGGACGAGGUGAAAAGGAAGAAAGAGAGAAAUAUGCAUAUUUUGAAUAACUUACAUUUGUACAUACUCGUAAUCAUGAAUAUUGUCUUAUAAUUGGAUUCCAUCCGUGAAAAAAACAUUUUUUUAAACCGGUAGCAAACAUGAACACCGUUCGAGGGCCGAAAAAAAAAUCACGUUUUCGAAUAAUCUUCAAUCUCCGUAAGCGAACGAAAUAAAGUUAAAAAACCAAACAUUCUUUCAUGAUAAUAAUCUGAUCGAGUUUCAUUUUUUCGUUAAUCAAACGGUGCCCAUACAUCGAGUGACGGUCAAAUUAACGUUGUGAGCUCGGCCCUACGAAGAUUUGAGCUUUCAGCAAUAAAGAAGGACAAGAAACAUCGUGUUUCGAAGUUACGAGAAAUUCGUACAGAUUUUUCGUUUUUCCACGCUGUCUGACAAAUAUGCAAUUUAUUCAGGAGACACCUCGGCAGCCGAUAAACUCAGAUCCAUAGAGUAUGGAAUUAUACAUAGAAGGAAUAAGUGAAAAAAAUUCAAAUGGAAGGGGUAACGUUGUUGUCAUGAUAUAUGAAUAUCAUAUUUGUAUAUAAAUAUAAUUCAUUAUUAUAUAUAAAUAUUAUAUUUGUGUACGACGAGUGUAUGUUUAGGAAUAAAAUUGUAGGAUCAUCGGAUAGAAUUCGACAUUAUAACAAGAAAUUCAAAAUCUUAUUGCUAUUAAUUUCAACAUUAUCAUCAUAAUUAUUGCUAUCAUAAUUAAUUACGGGAAUAAAAGCAGGAGUCAAGCCUUACGGAAAGAAACUGUGGAAAGAAAUACAAUUGGACGUCGUUGGAUUUUUGAUAAUUAUUAUCAUUAUUUUUCAUUACUAUCCAACUGAGCAAAAUAUAAAAUUAAAUUAUACAAUCUUUCGUCAUGUUUUUCCGGCUCAUUUCCCACAAAUUACGUUUUUUGCUUCCACUCUGCCACUAAUAACCUCAAUAAUUGACUUCCACGUAAAAUUUCAAGGUUCGUGACGUUUGAGGCUUUUUUAUUCCGUAAGGGCAACUGACACGUCGCUUUUGGAAAACGAUUAAAAGAUAUUUGUCUUGUUUUUCGUAUUGUGAACGAGAUGACGCUGUAUUUUUCGGUGUUUCGACCUCGGGGAUGGGCCAGAGGAUGAACAAUAAGGGUUAGGAUAAACUAAUCAAGACAUAUAUUAUAUACAUAUACAUAUAUAUAUAUAUAUAUUUUUUUUUUUCCAGCAUUUAUGUGCGGACAUUCAUUUUCUGCCCGCCCUUCUGCUGUCGAGCACCGUGCGCGCAUCUAGGCAAUUUGUACAUAAGCGUGAAUUUAUCUUUCUUAUUAUUAUUAAUUAUAUUGUAACGGCAUAUAUAUUAUUCUUAGCGAUUAUGACAUAUACGGCAGAAACAGAUUAAAAACAGUGUAGAAAAUGGAAAGUCUGUCUCGCUCUGUGAGCGUUGGAAUCAUUUUCAUUGGCGCAAUUUCAUUCCUAUACACGGACUGUUUUGUUUUUCGACUUUUUUUUUAGCAUCGGAAUUCGUCUGAUUGGCAUAAUAAAAAGAAUACGAAGAAA